AUGGAUCUUCGCGUCGACAUCGUCGAGACGAGGCUCUGCCUGGACCAUCGCAGGAGGCCACCAGGUAAGUUCCCCCUCAGGUAAGUGCAUUUGCUCUGUUUCUUCCUUUUGUCUGCUGAAGUUCCUUGUCGAAUGCUGCUCUUGCUGCCUGCCUUCUGUAUGCUAGUCUGUCUGUUAAUAGAUAAACGACACCCUCGAUGCCUGCUGCGAUUGUCUGUCCGUCAGUCUAUGCCACUCUCUACUGACAGUUCGACCAUCGGUUUCGAUGAUGUCCACCGUGUGCCCCACAGACUGCAUUGUGGGAGCAGGGACGGUGACUUACGCAGGGGUUUAUAGUGCCAGUAGACUUGCGUAGCAUCUACCUACACACUCUCCUCGUCCCCCGCCUGAGCCCGGUGUCAAGACCAAGUCAAGAAGACCGGAGACGAGAGAGGCCGCAGGUGGAUGGCUCGGACGGAUCCUCACCUUGGCGUUCCACCACACCCCCUGGCCCACACAACAAAUAACCAGGAUUUCAACCAACACAAGAGAGAUUUGGAGGCUGGCACGGCCGAAGCCGCACCUGGGCGUGCCGCCAACGCCCGGCUCGGAUCCCACACUGUGAUGGGGGUGCCAUAAAGGCCACAUUAAAAAGGAGUCAUUGCAGCCUGACUCUCAGACCGCCUCCGGUCAAGGAGGAGGUCCAAGAUACCCCGUCAGUUGGCAACCUUCCAAGCCACGGCUUUUAGCGCACCGUGAUAGCUUCAAGCGCGUCAGAUUGUUUAUAGUGAGGAGAAAGUGCGCUGAGUCGUCAACCUCACUCUCCCUUCCCACUCCCACACGCCAGCCGCUGUCCGAGCCGGUCAGCAGACUGGAGUGGGGAAUGGGCGCGGUGGCUGUCAUGGUCGACUGACCAUGACUGCGCGCGCCACGGCACGACCUGGCCCCCCAUACACACAAACACCAGGAUUUCACACAACGGGGGUUGAACGGCGUGUCUCUCACUUGCGUGAGAGUGCCGUGGAAGGUGCUGUUGCAGCCCGUCCCCAGCCCACCAGUCCGCCACUACACACAACACACAACGUGACGAACUGCGUGAACCGAGAGCAGGCCUCAAUCAGCAACCUUCCUAUCCACGACGCAUGACGUGUCGGGAUAGUCUCGGACACAAGUCACCUGUGCAGCCGAAGCCGCAUGGGGACCGAGUCGAGAUGCACACUUCCCACUUGCGUGGGAGGCGGCAGUUGAGUGCAUGAGGUGUGUGGGGGUUGAUGUCUGGUGGGGUGAUGGUGUUAGGAGGUAGGGAGUGAGGGAAUGUGUGGUGUGACCGGCGGUUGUCUACCGCAGGUCGUCGUGGAUGCGCAUGUGGCCGAAUAGACCCAUGCGAUGCGUGAAGGUGCGAGGGCAGUGUGGGCAGUGGAGGCGAGUGCGGUGGGUGUAGGUUGGUGCUCCAGGCACUGGUUCGCCAGUCUCUGUGCGAUGGAUUCGCAAGUGACCGACCAGGCCAGCUAGGUGUUACGGUGCUUGACUUUGUGUGGUGCCCUCACUUUGUCUCUGACUGAUGACUGUGUCCGCUUGUCCACUCUAGUUCUAAGUCCCAUAGCGUUAGGUAGUGUGUAUGCUCUCUCCUACUUCACUCCAUCACAUCAUCACCACCACCACCAAGGUCCCAGGCCAAUUCGGGUCGUUCUCUCACUAACCAAAAAGUCGUGGCCCAUAGUGGAGUCCGGCAGCCGUCUGGGAUAACCGGGCAACCCUGUUCAGGGAUGCGUUGCGUGCCCCCGCGAGGGGGAGGGGGCUAGAAAAGGUGCCCUAAAGGUCGCUGGGAACCACGCUGUCUGUAGGCUGGCCGUGGUUGCAGACAAAAAACACACGGUCGAAACAGCCAAAACCGAAACUACAACAAUAACAAUCACUCUCUUCCUCUUCCAGCCUAUUCUUCUUCUUCUUCUUAUUCUUAUUCUUCUUCUUCUCCUACUCCUACUUUUCGCCGCUGCAGUCGCCAGACUGGCAGGGUGAGCCCGCUUACUCUGGCAGCCUGGAAUGUUCGUUCCCUUUUAGACAGUCCGAGGAGCAACCGACCGGAACGGAGGACGGCGCUAGUGGCACGAGAACUGGCGCGCUACAAAGUGGACAUCGCCGCACUCAGCGAGACCCGAUUCUCCGAACAAGGCCAACUGGAGGAGGUGGGUGCCGGCUACACCUUCUUCUGGAGUGGUCGACCCAGGGCAGAGCGACGUGACGCGGGUGUCGUCUUUGCCAUCCGGACCGACAUCGUGGGACGACUGCCCUGUCUACCGCAGGGAAUCAGCGAUCGCCUGAUGAACCUCCGCCUGCCUCUCCGGCGAGGAGGCAAAUUCGCCACCAUCAUCAGCGCCUACGCUCCGCCGAUGAGCAGCCCCGACGCCGCCGCAAGAGACAAGUUCUACGAGGACCUGCACGUCCUCUUGGCGACUGUGUCGAAGGCGGACAAGUUGAUUGUCCUUGGCGACUUCAACGCCCGCGUCAGCACAGACCAUACUGCCUGGAGAGGAGUGCUGGGCCCCCACGGUCUCCGCGGCUCCAACGACAAUGGUCUGCUGCUCCUCCGCACCUGCGCAGAACACCGCCUCAUCCUGACGAACACGCUCUUCUGUCUGCCGGAGCGAGAGAAGGCCACCUGGAGGCAUCCUCGGUCGCGUCAGUGGCACCUACUGGACUAUGUCCUCGUCCGGAGGCGAGAUCAGCGGGACGUGCUGGUGACGAAGGCGAUCGCGGGUGCUGACGGGUGGACCGACCAUCGCCUCGUCAUCUCGAAGAUGCGUAUUCGCCUACAGCCUCGCAGGAGACCCCAAGGUAGGCGACCCCCAGGUAAGCUGAAUAUUGCUUUGUUGUCUUUGCCCGCUCAUCAUCUUCAUUUCAGCAACGAGCUAGCUCAACGGCUAGACAACCUCCCCAUCGCCGAUGCCGCCGCUGCCAAGAAGGCCUCCGUGGAGAACCGCUGGUGUCAACCGCGAGACACGGUCCAGUCGACGGCGCUCGCCGUCCUCGGUCGCGCUCCCCGCCAACACCAGGACUGA